UAAAGACUUUGCUUAUAAAUUGAAGUACAUAUUUGUACUGGAGUAUUCAUCAAGCACAGACAAGACUGAGAGAGAACGAAAACAAUGGAAGAUGCUGUACUCUUCUUAGCAUUUCCUGUAUCUGUUAUAUCAAUGUUUUGCGUGAUAAUAUAUGUUGUUUAUGAUUUGUGCCUGAAACCUAAAUUCCUCAGAGCAAAGCUUGUAAAGCAAGGAAUUGAUGGCCCAAAGCCUACUCUCAUAAUGGGAAACAUGCCUGAUAUACGGCAAAUCAAGUGUAAGGAACUGGCAUCAGAUGCUGUACCUUACGACUUAACCAAGUCCCUGUCACUUGACUGUUGUUCUGUACUGCUCCCACAUAUCAGUCAAUGGACGAAGCAGUUUGGAAAAACUUUCUCUUUUGCACUGGGAAAGACACAAUUUUUGUAUAUAGGAGAUGGUGAAUUGGUGCGAGAGAUGAGUCUUUGCAAAUCCUUAAACUUGGGGAAGCCAUCUUACAUGCAUAAGGAACGGGGGCCUCUAUUGGGCAAGGGCCUUCUCACGUCAAGUAAGGAAGUCUGGCUGCACCAAAGGAAAACCAUCGCUCCUACAUUAUAUGUGGACAAAGUUAAGAACAUGUUUAGCAUAGUGCUCGAAUCUGGGAACACCCUUAUCAGAUCAUGGGAGCAAUUGGUUGACACUGAGGGCGGGAUUGCAGAUAUAAGAGUUGACGAUUAUGUCAAGACUUUUACAUCAAGUAUAAUCUCUAAUGUAAUGUUUGGAAAAUAUGAAGCUGCAGAGAAACUCUUGUUUUCCAAGUGUAGAGACCUCAUGGAAGUUUCUGGAUCACCGACAGUAUUAGAUGGCUAUCCUUUUAAUAGAUUUUAUCCCACCAAGAUACAUAGACAGCAAUGGAAAUUAGAGAAGGAGAUAUACUGGAUUAUUCAAGAUACAAAAAUGAAAUGUAGGAGUGAGAGUGAAAGCAUAAUACAAACGCUUGUGGACGGUGCUAAGCAUGGAGAGCUUGGGUCAUCUACACCUCAGCAAUUUAUAGUUGAUAACUGCAAGGAGCUUUGCAUUGUAGGAAUGGAAGUCCCCGGCAUCACUGCAAUAUGGGGUUUGAUGUUACUGGCAUUGCAUCCAGAAUGGCAAGCACGUGCUCGUGCUGAGGUGUUGGAAGUUUGUGGAGGCCAGAUUUUAGAUGCUGAAAAGCUUGGCAAAAUGAAAGUACUGAAAAUGAUAAUUCAAGAAAUAUUGAGGCUUUAUUCAGGGGUAGGAUUUACAGCCCGGGAGGCACUAGCAGAUGUACAAAUUGGGAAUACUGUGUGUGUUCCAAAAGGAGUCAACAUUUGGAUAUGGCAAGCAGCUCUGCACCGUGACCCUCAGCUCUGGGGUUCAGAUGCUCUCAAGUUCAACCCGGAUAGAUUCACUAAUGGUAUCUCUGGAGCCUGUAAAAUCCCUCAGGCAUAUACACCCUUUGGCCUUGGCCCACGGACAUGUCCUGGAAUGAACCUGGGCAUGAUGGAGCUCAAAGUUAUGUUUGCGCUGCUCUUGGCAAAAUUCUCCUUCUCCCUUUCCCCAAAGUAUCAACAUGUUCCCAGGUUUGAUGUACUUCUAGAGCCCAAGUAUGGUGUUAAACUCCUUGUAUGCAGAGUGUGAUAUUCUAGAAAGAGAUCGUCCAAGGGUCCAAUUCCUGCCGCCAGUGUAUUGUAUAUACUAACCCUUUUUAGAGUCAAGUGUCGGAUUCAUCAUCAUUCCAAAUAAAAGUUAUUUGUAAUAUCCAGAAACAAAAGAUUGUAUUAAAACUUUCAUGGUGUAAUAAUG